AAGAUAAAAAAGAAAAUUUAACAUUCUUCAAUAUUUUUAACAGGAAUUAAUAAUUAAGUCCUGGGCACUAGGUUGUGAAAUACCUGUCAAUUAAACCUAAAAAUGAUACCUGCUAUAUUGCUCUAUUACCAGAAGCAAAUCAUUUCAAAUGUGCUCAAUGUGAUUGCAAAGAUAUAAAUAGAUUAAAAUUACAUUCAACACAAAAUGAUCUCCAAAAUUGUGUUUCAGAGAGAGCUCGUAAUAUUAGCACUGGCGAGCAAUAGAAAGUUAAAGCAAUUUUACUGUGUGAAAAAAAUUACAUCACGUAGUUGAAGUAAAAGAUUACAUAGACAUAGGAUCGCGCAUGUAGUUAUAUUAAUGUGCGCAUUUUAUCCCAUUGGUGCUAUUUUCUUCAUUCAAAGUAUAAACUUUCACAAUAAAUGACAGAAAUUAUGAAACUUAUCACAUAAGCCGCACCAAUGGUGGAAGUUGUAAAAAUCAACUUAUAAACUGCGGGUUAUAUACCGGAAAAUAUGGUAGAUAAUAUUUUUAAUUUUUUAUUAUGUUAAUAUAAGACAACCAUGAAAAGAUUAUAAUAUUGUAGCAAGUUUUUACAUAUAAAAUUUGAAUCAUAAAAUCACAAAACGCCACUAAACGGAACAUAAAUAUUACCAUAUUUUUUAGCAAUAUUUAAUCAUUAGUGCAGCCACAAGUAAAAACAAAUUGAUGAAAUAGGCUUUUCAAAUAAAAUAAUUAAGUCAAAAAAAAGUCGCAAAGCUUUCUUAAAUCGUUCUCUGCCUUCAUAUUUGUUUUUUUGUAAUUAAACAUUAAUAAGGUUUAAAAUCAUCAACCUAUGAAAAUUGCACACCUAAAUAAUUGAGGUGCGCGAUGUCAGGUAAAAACACUCAUGACCAGGCUUGUUUACCUAUAUUAUGAUGUCAGAUAAGGCUUUCAAAAAUUUUGUUUAGACAUUCAAAAUAAAAUACAUAAAAGGGGAGAAAAGUAAAGAUUUUGUGUACUCUUUUGUGUUUGUCAAUUACACAACAACUAAUUUGUACAUUAUGUCACAGAUUGUGCAAUGGAACUAGAGAAGAGUCAAGUUAAAUCUACUGCACCAAAGGUAGAUGGACAGGAAGUGAAAUUACCUCAAAAGGGAAUGAAACAGACAAGAAUAAAUUUUGCGAAAAAAACUGUGAUGCCCACAUUUGUAAAAAAGAAUGCCGAAAUUAAUGCUAUUAAAACUGAGAAGCAAUCAUCUGGGGUAAUUGAUUUAACAUCAAAGGGAGGUCCAAUAAAAAUUAUUUCUGAUUUAGCACAACAUAAGAAAGAUAAACAGUUGAAACAAUCGAAAAAACAGGUUUCAAAUAACAAAGAACAAAUAAAGAAAAAUGCAACUUCUUCACUAACAAAGAAAUCUAUCUUCAUUGAAGAUGAUUCGGAUAACGAGGAGGUGCCAUUGUCAGUAAUCAAGAAACAGCUAAGUUCCGGCACGUCUCCUCUUAAAAAAAGAGAGGAAAAAACUGUGAAAAUUAUCUCUGCUAGUGAAAAAGAGAAAGAAUGUACAGUUAAUGACAUUCUUAAAAAGAUUGAUAAAGACGGUGUUAAAGUUCUGAAGGUGCAAAAAGUUGACAACAAAGAUAACACUGAUAAAAGGGACAUUCUUUCAAACAAUAAAAUUAUACCAACUUCAAGUAACUUAAGCAUAAUGCUGACAUCAGCAUGUUUCAAGCCAGGUGGCCAAGCAGUACCUUUGAAAUUACCAGUAAAUGUUUCCAAGAUACCAAUUCAGAUUACCAAUAAACUUACAUUUAGCAACACGCAAAAACAAAUCGCUUUUAGGAUCAUUUCACCAUUGCAGACCGUAGCUUCACCUCAAAUAGUUCCAGCUCCUGCCAAAAGUGUAGUGAUUGCGAUUGACAUGGAUCCAGAAACAUGGAAAAAAUUAUCUCCACAAGAACAAGCAAAGAUAAUUACAGAUAAAAAAGAAGCUGCAAGAAAACACUUGUUGACACUAACAGCUCCUACAUCGUUGAAAAUACUUAGUCCUGUUCGACCUAUCAUUCCUGUUGGCAAACCAGUUGUAACAAAACUGUCAGCCCAGCCUAGAUUGCCAACAACAGUAGCAACAGCAGGAGGAACAGUGAGCGUUAGUCAGAUGACUCAAAUGCUGAAUCAGCAACAUUUUAUGCCAUUAGAGCGAAAAGAUGAUUUGGAAUUGGUUGGUUUAAAAAAUCUCCCAAUUGCAAAACAGGUGAAAAUGCCAUUGGGUCUGGCAAACAAGAUGUUUGGUGACAUUGCAAUGAUAGUGGUGUUUGUCAACACGUUUAAGAAGUUUCUUUCACCUGAAGAUCAACAAAAUAUGACAGCAGAAAAACUCAUGGAUGGUUUAAGUACUGAUGGUGGUGCAGCUAAUGUUAUAUUAAACAUUCUUUUACUUUUCUUGAAAGUUGUUCUUACAAGUGAUGACUAUAAGGUCAAAGGUUUAAAGAUUGAACUUGCUGAUCUUCCACUUACAGAGUAUUCUGCAUCUUAUCUAACAGAACAAUUUCUAAAGUCUCAAAUCGAAAAGAAAAAAAGACAGAAAAAAGCAUUGGAAAUGGCACAAGCUGCAGCAUUAGCUGUGGAAAAGGCUGAACUUGGAAAUGAACUAAAUGAAAGUAUUGAUGAAGAAAAUUUGUUUCUACAAAGUGAUGAUGAAGAGUGGGAAAGUCAUAAGAAAAAGAAGAAAAAAAGUGAACUAACUUGCAACAGUGAAGAGUACCAGUUGAAGACAAUAAGUGCACAAUUAGAAUCAAACGAGUUUCAUCAAAUUAACACUUGUGAUCAGUUGACAGUUUUAACUUAUAUGUUGCAUAUCAUUUUGGAAUCAGAAGAUUUUGCAUUUCAUUAUGAUGAAUUGGAAGAUGAAAAAUUAAAGCUAUAUCGUGAACUUGAAAGUUGUCGGAAAGAACGUAUGAAGUUGAAAAGAGAACGAGAAGAAAUGCAGCGGUUGGCUACGAUUGACAACUUUAUGAAAUCUGCGCAAACUAAAGAAGAAGUUGUUGAUACCAAAGAUGUGAAGGAGGUAGAUUCUCAAAAGCCAACAGAAAUAUCAGCUUUCAGUGGAAUGACUCAAAGACAAAUUGAUGCCAUUAAAGCAGAAGGUGAAAAGGAAGCUCAAAAGAAAAAAGAAUUAGAAAUGGAAAAGAUGGAAGCAGUUCAGAGAGAAGAGAAUAAAAUUUCUAUGGAAUUAAAGAAAAUGAUUGCAAUAUGCCGUAGUGCUCUCCGUUUACAACCACUUGGUAUGGAUAGAUACUGUCGAACAUACUGGAUGUUCUCAAAAGAAAUUCCUGGCAUUUUUGUUUGCUCAGGUGGUGUUGCUACUUGUUCACUCAAUCUUGCACCUCCACCAGUGACUAAAGUGGAACGGUGGGCACAGUAUACUACUAAAGAAGAGAUUGAUUCUCUGAUAUCGUCACUAACUUCACGUGGUGUUCGAGAGUUUCACUUACGCAAUGCAUUAAAGACGAAUUAUAAUAAUGUUAUCAGUGCUCUUAAUAAAACUCCAGUAAUUGAAGGAGAAAGUGAGACUGCAGAAAAAUAUUCAGCAACAACUGCAUCAGUCAAUGCAUUAAAAGAGGACCUUAUUGAAUCUGCAAACAGAAUAGUUCAUGGUUCAUUAGGUGACUUAAGAGUUGACUUGGAAGAAUGGACAUCAAAUGUAAAAACUAUAAAUGAUAUAAGUAAACUGAAAGAGUACAUGCUCCAAAUUCAGAAGUCAAUCCUUCCAAAGUAUUACACAAGUCCGUUUGACGCUGGCAGUAAUGACAUAUCAACUGAAUGGUGUAAGACUGUGGAUAAGGCGAAGACGUUAUCGUUUUUACAUACGCUGUUUGGAAUAUUAGAGAACAGCGUACAGUGGGAUAUGUCAGCAGAAAAUAUGCGUUGCAAUGCUUGCCGUAAAAAGACAAUGAAGAAUGGCCAUUUAGUACGUUGCGAUGAAUGUGAAAAUGGCUAUCAUUCGCUCUGUUUAAAGCCUCCAUUGUUAACUAUACCUCAAGGUGUUUGGACAUGUCCUAAGUGCUUGGCAUUAGCAGCAAAAAAAGCCCAAGAGAUCGAGCAACAGUUUUUGGACGCGUUGAAUUCUGAUCAUGAAGAUCUUUGUCAUGUAUGUGAAACUGAUGGACACAUGAUCCUAUGUGACACUUGCCCACUAAGCUAUCAUUUUGAAUGUCACAAUCCACCUUUAAGGAGAGUGCCAAGAGGAGCUUGGAGUUGUUAUGAAUGUAGAAAUUUACCUUCGAGAAAAAGACGUCGCAAAAACGAUUCCACAGAAUGUAGCGAAAACGACGAAAGUGCGGACGACAAUAGUUGCGACAAUGACAAAGCGUUUACGAAAACGUCCAAAAGAAAAUUUAAGAAAAAAGAUAACGAAAUUUUUAACAAUAAAAAAACUAAAAAACACAACUCAUCCAAAAACGCUGUAAACUCUAAGCAUACAAAUUCAACCAGUAAAAAUUCUAGAAGUAGUAUAUCUAAAAGAAAAGGACGGUCUGCUAAAUCAUCCGGGGAGGAGUGGGACAAGGAGGAGGAGGCUAAUGAUGAAGAAGAAAGCUGGUCAAACACUUCUCCAAUUUUAGGAAACAAACGACCUAGAUAUGUAAAAGACUGUACCAAUAGAGAACUAAAAAAAUCUUCUCAAAAUUCACCCACAGACGUCGAGUUAAAAUCCAACAAGCAAAAAUCUGCGCCAAAUAAGUCGCACACUAAUACUCGUAAAGUUGCGUAUUCUGCACGUAGCCAGAGACGCGCUGGACGAAGUAGUCGAGGGAAUAAUUAUGAGCUGAAAGCUUGCAGAGAGAUUCUGAUGGGAUUACGAAGACACGAAUUCGCUUGGCCGUUUCUAUCACCGGUAGACCUUGAUAAGGCUCCUCAAUAUUUGGAGUUGAUUAGUAAACCAAUGGAUUUUACGUUGAUUUUAAAGAAGCUAGACAUGUUAGAGUAUGAGGAUGUUCUCCAUUUUAUUGAAGACGUGAAAACUGUUUUCGACAAUUCAAAGUCCUACAACAGUAAUUCUUCAGAAAUUGGUCAAGCGGGUAUUAACCUGGCCCGUGUAUUCGAUAUGCUAUUAAAGGAACACCUACCAGAAAUCUAUACAACGUUUAAUAAAGAAGAACAAACGUAGCAAACGCAAAUGCGUCGUAGCAAAGACGAAUAUUCAGCGUAGAAAAGUCGUACCUUCAUCAUAGUAAGAACGGACAGAUUUCUAAACAAAGACGGUGAUAUAUGCCUUUGCAAAGACGGCUAAACUUCGUGGUACAUACGAAAAACGUCGUAGCAAAGACGGCUAAACUUCGUGGUGCAUACGAAUGACGUCGUAGCAAAGACGGCUAAAUUUCCUGGUACAUACGAAUAACGUCGUAGCAAAGACGGCUAAACUUCGUGGUGCAUACGAAUAACGUCGUAGCAAAGAAGGAUAAUUUUCGUAGUACGAAUAACGUCGUAGCAAAGUCGGAUAAUCUGCGUAGUAAAAAUAACGUAGCAAAAACGGAUAAUCUUCGUAGUAUGUACAACUUCGUAGUGAAGGCCGAUAAAUGUCGUAGUUUUUUUAAUUACAAAGGAUGUAAAUAUUUUAUCGAGUUUUUUACUAUUUAACUUA